UAAUUUGGACAGUAAUGCUGGCAAUAUUCAACAUCAUUCCCAUCACUAUCAUUGUCAUAGGUGAGUCUUGAAAAUCAGGCAAAUAUAUCAAUCGGGCAAAUGUAUUAAAUGUAUCAGUAAUGACAUGGAUCAAUGGACAUUGGGACUAUAGUCUUCCUCACCCAUUUCCGCUCAGUAAGUUACAUUGCCCUUUCCAAUGAAGUCUCUUUAAUCUAAACUUUGCCUUGCAACAAUCCAAAAGCAUAUAUAAUGAACACUUUCGAUGUGGGGCUAUUUGGUCCACUAAGCUAAUGUCCAAUCUUAGGUUCCAAAUAGCAAUUCUUACCUUGCGCACUCAAUGUUUAAGGUUUAAGACCCCUCAUCUGUGUUAGAAAAUCUUAGAGCCCCCUAAGUCACCCCCACCACACCCCCCGACAUAAUUAAUGAACACUCCCCUAGCCCCAAUUCUGACGCUAACAUUACCCUAACUAAAGCAAACUUUGUGUUUAUUUUAAAAACGUUCCUCUCGUCCAUCCCAUUUAGCCAUCAUCUUCUUCUUUCAGGUGCUGUGUACUUGGACGAAUGUCGUAUUGAACGUAUGAUUCCUGUAUUUCUGAUUGUUCAUGGUUCAGUCUAUUUACUUCGCUAUACAGUCACCACUUGUCUACGUGUCGGUACGAAAAAUGAUGAAGAAAUCGAUACGGAAAAGGAUGUGGAUACAAUACGAUUCUUCAAUGUCUUUCUUUUCUUUAUUGAUCUGUUUCUCGUUAUUUGGUUCAUAGUGGGCAGCGUAUGGGUUUAUGGCCAUUUCUCUGAUGUGCAGUAUCACGAUAGCAACGGGCCCUCUUACUGUAGCCGUGUUGCCUACCUGUUCGCAUUCUGGUUCACUACCAUUCAUUAUAUUGUUCUUGGCAUGUGUAUGUUCUGUUGCCCAUGCAUCAUUUGUUACUAUUACGCAAGAGUUCAAUAUUGAAUAAAUAUAUGUAUCCACUGUUCCGUUCAGAAUUACAGUUAGAUAAAUUAAAGAUAUUGACAAUAAAAGUAUAAUAGCAAAUUCAUGCAGUUGGGAUAGAAAAAUUUAGCUUGGUUCACAAUUAAAUGUAAAUUGACCAUUUCAGAUCACGUGUCCCAACCGAUUCUUUGUUUACACACGUAAAAACGCGCAAAUUUGUUAUAGAUUUGCAAACAAGUUGUAACAUUGUUGUUGUCAAGCUGAUAUCGGGACGUGUUUGCAUUGAUUGUCCCAGUUGUUGUGACAAGUCUCCAACAAGUUCUUGUCACCUUGCUGAAAGGUUGAUGACGGUAACAGAUCUAGAUAUAGUACAAAUUGUCCGAACAGGCCUAAAGCCUGGUUUCCAGUCACGUGUUUUUCAUACGUGCGUAUACGCACGGAAAAGUUGAAAUAUCUUUAAUUAGUAUUUUUGCACAAGUGAAUAUAACAAAUCCUACAAGUUGAUUGGUCAAAUUUGAUGUAUUAAGCCGUUAUAUUCACCUACAGGUGAAUAAUUAUAACAAAACCGAAAUUUUCAAAAUGGCGGCUAGCCGUUUUGUU